AUGAGAGAGGCGACCUCCGUUGGGUCGCCCACUGUUGUUGAAGGACGCGUGUGUGAUGUCUCCGACUUGGAGUCGUCGGCUUCGCUUUGGGCAUACCUUCGAGAUGACGGGAUUGUCGUGGACGUGCUCGUCUUGAACGCUGCCGCUGUCGGCGCUAUUAAACCUCUGGGUGAGAUCGGCAGAGAUAACAUUCUGAAGGACUUUGACCUGAAUUUUCGCACCAACUUGGGUUUCACGGAACGUCUCUAUAAGCAGGAAGGACAGGGAGCAGGCGGAAGAAAGAUUGUAGUCGGGAUUUCGACUCUCGCAAUUUACUUAUGGAAUCUGGUAAAGGACCGUCCAUCGUACGGACCCUCCAAGAGCGCAGACACCCUGACCCUCCAGCAAUUUGCCCGAGCCUUCAAGCCGGAGGAGCUACAGGUCUCGAUUGUUCACCCUGGCGCAGUCUGGACUGAGAGCAUGAGGGAAUCCGGCGCCACCGAGGGGAUGUAA